AUCCCACAUUGUGAUUGGUCGAACCUGUAAUGUUGCGGGAAGUAACCAUUCCCGCUGCACCAGCUACGAUUUCUAACGGAAUACCCACCAAUUCGUUGAGCAUUUUACGAUGAUGCGAAGGCCGAGAACAACGACUGCCAAAGUUGCAGAGAACAGAGAUGCGGACUCCGACGUGUCACUUUCACAGUCGGUCAGUAGUGAUGAAGAUGUGGAUGACUGGAGGCCACCUGAGCCAAAGCCAAAAGCCCGCGGCAGGGCGGCCAAAGCUCCCGCAGCACCCGGGGAGAAGAAAGCCGCUGCCAAGAGACCUGCCAAACCAAAGGAGCCAAAGGAGCCAAAAGCACCCAAACCACCUGCAGCUCCCAAAGUGCCAAAAGUUCCUAAACCAAGGGCACCACGCAAACCUGCAGCGCAGCCAAAAACCAAGGUUCCUAAAGUUCUGAAGGAUUCUGGUGCACCAGUGUUGGCUGGAAUAAAGAGGAAAUAUAUUAAUGAAGGCAACAAGGAUGAUACGGCUGCUGUAAAAAAAAGAGUGAAACAAACUGACUGUCCAGAGGGAGAGAGCGGGCCAAGUGUCAGAAUGAAAGAGGAGAGGGUGUCAUUCAUCGUGUCCGACGCCCAUCCGGCAGGCGGAUCGGCAGGCGAGGGGUCGUCGUCACUAGCCGGGUUCAAGCCAAAGAAAGAGGAAUUGGAGGAGGAGGAGGAGGAUUUCACGUUCGGUGAGCUCUGUCAAACGAAACAGAAGACCAGCGGUGCCUGUUUGGGACGACCAACUGCUUUACCAUCGUCAGAGGCACACGGCCUGAGGAAUGAACUCAAUAUGAACUGGGAUUUGAAAGAGCUGCUGUCCACCCUGACGUGUGUGGAUCGAUGGGUGUGUGCAAAUAUCGUCGGGCUGCUUCAGGAGGAGAAUACGGUGCCAUUCAUGGUGCGCUACCGCAAAGAGAUGAUCAACCACAUGGACGCCGAUGCUGUCCGAGACGUACAGAUGGUAUAUGAGGAGUUAUGUUCUCUAGCCAAGAAGACCCAGUCGGUGGUUCAGACCCUGAAGAAAGACGGGGUUCUCACACCUGAGUUGGAGCAAAAUCUGAGGAGCAGCCGAUCAGCCGAUGAACUGGAUCAUGUGUAUUCUCCUUAUAAGAAAGGCAGUAAGCUGACGAAGGCUCGCAGAGCCAAAGCACUCGGCCUCGAGGCGGCCGCAUUUGCAAUCUUGAACACACCGCAUACUCUGGAUUUAAAGUCAUGGGUAACACCUGGUACUGAAGGUCUGUCAUCGGUGGAAGAAGUGGCUACAGGUGUGGAACAUAUCUUGGCUGAUAUGAUCGCCAAAGAUCCUGAGACACUCACCUACGUGAAAACAUUGUGUGAGAACAGCUUUGUGACCAUCCAGUCCUCCGUGUCCAAGUCGGCCCUAAAGGAAAAGGAGCAGGAGAAGUCUGCGGAGGGCAACAAGAAACCCGGAGCCCAGCAAAACAAAAACAAGGACAUUGACAAGUUCCACCUCUACCUUGACUUCACCUGCAACAUCCAACGCAUCCAACCCCAUCAGACCCUGGCUAUUAACCGAGGAGAGAAUCUGAAGAUUCUGACGGUGAAAGUGAACAUUCCCGACAGGUUGAAGAAUGACUUCAUGAGUUGGUGCAUCAACAACAGGUGGAGGCCGAGGACGUUUGCAAAAGACGAGCUUCGUGCAAUCAUCAAGAAUGCUGUCGAGGACUCUUAUAAAAGGCUUAUUCUGCCUUUCCUCACUAGGAGCUACAGGACUAAGCUGACAACUGCAGCAGAGAAGGAGUCAAUCGCCAUGUUUGUGCGAAACCUGCGGCAGCGCCUGCUGGUGUGUCCAGUGAGGGGCUGCGUCAUCAUGGGGGUGGACCCCGGCUUCAGACAUGGCUGUAAGCUGGCAUUUCUCUCCCCCACUAGUCAGAUCCUCCAUACUGAUGUUGUGUACCUGCAUAAUGCAGGCAACCAGAGAGAAGCAGACAAACUGCGCCACCUCAUGAUCAAAUACAGCUGUUCCAAGGUUGUCAUCGGCAACGGGACAGCGUGCCGUGAGACUGAGUCGGUCUUCGCGGACCUCAUUUCUAGACGCUGUUUUCACCCCCUGGACGUGUCCUACUGUAUAACCAGCGAGGCGGGAGCCUCCAUCUACAGCGUGAGUCCUGAGGCAGUCAAAGAGCUGCCGGACAUGGACCCCAACCUCAGGAGUGCAGUGUCCAUUGGAAGACGUGUCCAAGAUCCACUGGCUGAACUUGUGAAGAUUGAUCCGAAACACAUUGGUAUUGGGACGUACCAGCAUGAUGUGUCGGCCGGAGCUCUGAAGGCGGCAUUGGACGGCGUGGUGCAGGAAUGUGUGAGCUUCGUUGGGGUGGACAUCAACAUCUGCUCCGAGACGCUGAUGAGGCAUGUAGCAGGCCUGAAUGCCGGCAGAGCGCGAAAUAUCUCGGAGUGGAGAGAGCAGAACGGCCCGUUCAACAACAGGGAGCAACUCAAAUUGGUCAAAGGCACGGGGCCCAAAACCUACCAGCAGUGUGCCGGCUUCAUUAGAAUCAACCCGCAAACCCUCCGCAGCGCCAACUCUUCCCCUCGACCUGUGCCGGAGAAACCAGCGGCCAAGAAGGGCAAAGGAAAGACUGGCGUCAACGUGCCCACCUCAUUUAACCCCCUGGACCAGACCUGUAUCCACCCGGAGUCCUACCAUGUGGCACAGAGCUUUCUGUCCCUCGUGGGCGGGAGUGCGGACCAGAUCGGGAGCGCAGGCCUGCGACAGUGCGUGGAGAGCAAGGUUCGGACCAGCGGGGUCGGGGAACUGGCCAAGACGCUGGGCAGCACACCUGAGACCCUCAAACUCAUCAUAGACGGCCUCACGCAACCCCCCGGGUUCGACAUCAGGCAAAAUUUUGGGCAAGCGGACUUUAAGCGGGGCGUCGUGUCCAUGAGUGACCUGCGGGUGGGCGCGGUGCUGACCGGCCGGGUGGACAACACCGCGCUGUUCGGGGCUUUCGUGGAUAUCGGCGUCGGCCGCUCGGGCCUCAUCCACAAGAGCAACAUCACCCUGGACAAGCUGCCGGCGAGCCAGCGCCGCCGCAGCCUGGCCCUGGGCCCCGGGGAGCGGGUGGAGGUCCGGGUCCUGGACGUGGACCCUCACAGGGGACGGAUCGGGCUGGACCUGAUCAGGAUCCUGCAAUAGACUUACCUCCUGUUAUUUAUACACUGUGUUUGGACGGGAUUUAUGACCGGAUAUUACACAGAAAGAGGCUGAGAGGCAGAUUGAUUCAGGGUCUCUACAGCAUCAGCGGAGGAGAGUGAUGUGUUCUUAAAAACCACGAAGCAGAGCUGAAUAAGACAUUUUAACAGACUUCACUUUAUAUGGUAACAACACACAUUCUUCCACUGUUUGCAUUGUUUGCGUUGGCUUUAAAUUUUACCGCUGCGUUCAUUGCUGGAAGAAUUUCUUUAGCCUGAAGUAGUUUUCUCAGGUAGAAUUAUUAUUCUCCUCCUGGUUAUGCUCAUUAUGCAUAUGAGUUGUACUUGUAUCAAACACUGAACCCGAUUGCCUGAUCAAGGGUAAAAAUGUCUCUUUUUGUCCAUCGACUGCACACACUGUGUCUAAGAUUGGACCGGUUACUGAGAGGGGACCCAGAAUUAUUUGCACUUUUGCUGUAGAUUACUUAAUACUUCAUGUUUAUUAAUAGUAUGGCAUAUUGGUUACGUGCUCUUGAAGAAAUGUUUUGUUCAGUGCUGCUCUGAACGGUUUGUAAAGACACUUUGUAUCUUUGUUAUUCAAAGCAGACUUUGUUUACAGGGUUUACGGACACUGAGGAACUCGUAAUCCUAAACAGAUUUCCAUUCGGCUUCAUCUGCAGACGAGGUUUUCACAUUAAAGAUAUUUCCUGUGUACCUUA